GUUAGACAUUUUUCAGGAUUCUUCUCUUGAGUUGAAGUGGAAAAUCAAGUGGCAUAGUGUAAUUGAGCAACAAAUUAUCUAAUUAUGUGAAUAUAAAUUGUUAGUUAAAAGUUAACCAGUUAAUUUGAGUUAAGCCGUUAAGUGUUAAGCUACAGUACUACAGUACAGUCUGAGUCUACAUAAUUAUGAUAUAUACUACUUACUAACUAAUAUAAAUAUUUUAAUGAUCUAUUAUGCCAUUCAUUAUUAUUAUUCAUCUAUCUUUGAAAAAAGUAUAAAUCAAGAUAGACAAUAAUCACCGUACUUUCCAUGGACCAUGGAAGAUUGUAUUAUAUUAUAUAAUAUAAUUAAUUGUAGUUUGGCUUACUAUGACUAUGACUAUGAUUAUGAUGACUAUGACACUAUGUCUAUUACAGUAUGAUUUUGAGUGCUGGUCCAUUGUUUAAUGUUCAACAUGAAACCGCUAGGCCUAGACAAUUAAAAAUAUAUGUAUUUAUUUCUUUUUGGAAUUAAAAAGAAAAAAAAUGUGUUUAGUUUUUUUCGAGCGUGUUAUUUAAAACGCAUUUUUACUUGAACUUGUAGUCUUGUAUUAAUCAAUAUUUUUUAUUUUUUUUGUGUAGCCUACAUAGACUAGAGAACACUAUAGAUUUAAAUUAAUAUACGUUUAAAAAAAACCCACUAAUUCUGUUAAUUAAGAUUAUUGCAGGUGUGAAUUCUUUUUAAAGGACUAUUAAGUUAAAAUAAUCUAUCAUAUACAAAACUUGAAAUCCGGUUGCAUUACGGUAAGAGCAAUUUCAGAACAAUGACGCCUCGUCUUCUGGCAUGGGGCAAUUCAGGGGCACUUGGUCUGGGUGCCACAGAGCGACACACACAAACAGGCCCUCAAAAUGUUCAUUCAAUGGAAAAAAUAGAAAUUCGUAAAAUUAGCACAGGAGAAACGCACACCUUGGUGUGUGCAAAUGAUGGCUCUCUCUACAGCUGUGGCUCUAAUGCUUUUAAACAGUGCGGGAGAGAGGGCAGCCUUUCACAACUUGGUAAGAUUUAG